ACGAUACCGCCAACAAUGUCUCCUCCCAGCGCCAUCGAUGUCGAUGUCCAGGCCAUUGACGACACCACCGCCAUCACAGUGCCCAACCCACUCACCCUCGACGACGUCGCCGCAAGACGCGCAGCCACUGGAAAACUAAUCGCCGGUGUUGCCGCUGUGGCCAACGUCGAGCAAUUCAAAGGCGAGAAGCAGCACUCGCACAAACCCAAGUCCAAGCGAUGGGACCGCAACUCCCUGAAAGCCGCUGCAAAGUACCUCAAAAAACCCGGCAUCAUUUCCCUCGGCGGCGGCCUGCCAUCAGCAGAAUACUUUCCCUUUGACCAACUCUCCAUCAAAGUACCUCGAGUGGGCCACUUUUCCGAAAAAGAGACCAGGGACAAUGGCACAGUGCUCACAGCAGGAAAAGCAGAUUUGGCAGAGGACAAGAGCUUGUUCGACAUUACUACUUCCUUCAAUUAUGGACAGGGAAGCGGUUCUGCACAGUUGUUGCGUUAUCUCGUCGAACACACGGAGAUUGUGCAUAACCCUCCUUAUGGCGAUUGGCAGUGCAACAUGACGAUUGGAAGCACGUCGGCAUUGGACGUUGCAUUGAGAAUGUUUGCGGAAAGGGGUGAUGUGGUGUUGACCGAAGACUACACAUUCGCAACCGCAGUCGAGACAGCCGCACCAAUGGGCGUGCGAAUGGUGGGCGUGGGUCUCGACGACGAAGGUCUACUCCCAAGCUCCCUCGACGACAUCCUAAGCAACUGGGACGAAACCGCCCGUGGAGCCAGAAAGCCAUUCUUGCUAUACACAGUCCCCACAGGCCAGAACCCCACCGGCGCCACCCAGAGCGAACAAAGACGCAGACAAGUCUACGCGGUGGCCCAAAAACACGACCUUUACAUCCUAGAAGACGAACCAUACUAUUUCCUGCAAAUGCAGCCAUACACGGGUCCAGACUCGCCUGGCGUGCCGCCCCCAAAGACACACGCCGAGUUUCUAAAGUCGCUGGUGCCUUCGUUUUUGUCAAUGGAUACUGACGGUCGCGUCAUGCGUAUGGAUUCGUUUUCCAAGGUCGUCGCGCCUGGCUCCCGCGUUGGUUGGAUCACGGCAUCGCAGCAGAUUGUCGACAGAUUUGUCAAGCACAUGGACGUCAGCACUCAAGGUCCCAGUGGUAUUAGCCAGUUGGUCUUGUUCAAGUUGCUGGAUGAGCACUGGGGUCAUGCAGGUUUCUUGGAUUGGCUCGUCCACAUCAGAAUGGAGUAUACACAAAGAAGAGACGUUAUGCUGGGCGCGUGUGAGAAGUACCUGCCCAAGGAAGUCAUGAGCUGGAAGCCGCCAAUGGCCGGCAUGUUCCACCCCGAUCACAAGAACAAGUCGGUCGCAGAGCUCGAAGAAAAGAUUUUCCAGACAAUCGUCGACCACGGAGCAUUGGUCAUGAAGGGCUCAUGGUUCUAUGCCGAUAGCCAGGCUAAGCACGACACCAUGUUCUUCAGAUCAACAUACGCAGCCGCACCAUUCGAGAAAAUCGACGAGGCCAUCAAGCGUCUCGGCGACGCAAUUAGAGAGGAGUUCAAGCUAGAGAGCCAGUAG